UCGCCCAGCGUUUCUCUGGAGGGAAGCUGGGGAGGCUAUAGCGGCUUGGGAGACCAUUAAACUUUAAAGAUAACUGAGCCUCUAAAGCCGUCUCAAAAUGACGGAAGUCGUGGAGGAAUAUGAGGAAUAUGUGGAAUAUGAGGAAGAGGAGGAGGAGGAGGAGGGGGAGGAGUUUAUCGAGGAGUAUGUUGAGCAGAUAACAACCACGACUGGCACUGAGCACACAACUCAGUUCUCGCAGUCUGGCAUGCCCGUUAGGAAGGUCAGGAAGAAGGUCAAGGUGGAUACUUCCAAGUUCAUGACUCCAUACCUGGCUCACAGCCAGAAAAUGAUGGAGCAGUUCAGCCACAACAAGUACCGGCAUGCGUAUGACUUGUCUAAAGGCACUCCACCCGCCAUCACCACUGAGACUCCUGAGCUGAUUCGCAUCAGAAAGGCCCAGGAGCAGCUGAGUGAGGUUAAAUAUCGCAUGGAGGGAAACAGAGCUCGGACUACAAGUCUGUACGAUGGUGAGGCCAGAGAGAUCGCCCACGUCAAGCAUGUUUCUGAACUGAUCAGCAAGGUUCUGUACAGACAGAAAUGGGACGAGACUAAGGACAAGUACCUGCUGCCUCCCGAUGCCCCCGAGCUUGUUCUGGCUGUGAAGAACGCUGCCAACUACAGCAAUAAACUGUACAAGGAAGCCUGGGAGGAGGAGAAGACCAUGUUCUAUCCCUACAGUGACAGUCCAGAGCUGCGCAGAGUGGCCAAAGCUCAGGAGGCUCUCAGUGAUAUUCAGUACAAGAAGGGUCACCAUGAGCGUAAGGCCAAGUAUACGUCUCUGGCUGAUCCUCCUGAGGUGGAGCUGGCCAGGAAAGUGGACCAGCAGCUCAGUGACCUUAAGUACAAGGAGGAUUACAAUAAAAAUGUGAAGGGUCAGUGGUGUGAGACGCCCUACUUUGAUGUGGCCACGGCCAGAGUGGCGAUGGACAAUUUCAGCAGUAGGAAAUACACGCAACAUCACGAGGACACGAAAGACCAAAUUUAUUUCAUGCAGACGGAUACGCCGGUUUACGACACAAACAAGAAGGCUCGUAUUGCUGCCAGUGAGGUCCAAUACAAGAAGGAAUACGAGAAAUCCAAAGCGCAGUCUGACUACAACACGCUCCCGGCCACUGAUAAUCCUCUCCUCAGACAACUACGUUACGCCGGAACUAUCCUCAGUGAUAAAGUAUAUAAGAAAAACUAUGAGAAAUCCCGGGGUUUUAGUAUCAACUACUGUGACACGCCCAAGUUUCAGAUGGACUCCGUACUUAAAAAGUUCACUGACAUGCAUUACAAAGAUAAGUAUAAUAGGGAGGUGAAGGGCCACUACAUUGGCAGUUAUGAGGACGUCUACAUGCUCCACUGUCAGCAGGUCGAGCAGAUGAAGAACGAGCAACAAUAUAAAUCCGACUAUGAAGACAUGAAAACGAGAUGCUUCUUCCCUCAAACGGUUACGCCUGAAUAUGAAGCUACGAAGAAGCUUCAAGGCUGUAGUGAUAAAGUUUACCGACAACAUCCGGACAAAGUGAAAUUUACACAGGUGGUGGAUUCUCCAGUUCAGGUUCAAGCCGCUAUCAACGCCCAGCAGCUCAGUGACUUGAACUACAAGGCAAAGUAUGAGGAGUCAAAGGUCAAGUACAGUUUGCCCCCAGACUACCCCUUCUUCCUCCAGUCCAGAGCAAACGCAUUUAACCUCAGUGAUAACUGUUAUAAAUACAAUUGGGAGAAAGACAAGGCGAAAAAGUUUGAGGUUAAGGGCGACGCCAUCUCGAUCCUCGCAGCUCGUGCUCACACCAACAUCGCCAGUGAUGUUAAAUAUAAAAAGGAGCACGAGAAGAACAAGGGGAAGAUGGUGGGAGCCCUGAGCAUCAACGACGACCCCAAGAUCUUACACUCUGUUCACGUGGCCAAAAUCCAGAGUGAUCGUGAAUAUAAGAAGGAUUAUGAAAAGGUGAAGACCAAGUACCACACACCACUGGAUAUGGUCUCCGUCACCUUGGCUAAAAAAUCCCAGGCCAUCGCCAGCAUGGCCGGAUACAGGAAGAUCAGCCCCAACUUCUUCCUCCCCCACGACAGUGUUCUGCUGGACCUGGCCAAGAAAGCCAACAUCAUCCAGAGUGACAAUGAGUACAAGGCCGACUACAACGCCUACACCAAAGGUUCCUCUUGGGUCCCCUUCGGUUCCUUGGAGGUGGAGAAGGUGAAGAAAGCAGGAGAGAUUCUGAGUGAGAAAAAAUACAGACAACAUCCAGACACGAUCCGCUUCACAUCGAUUGACGAUCACCCCGUCAUGCUGCAGUGCAAAGUCAACCAGCUGCAGAGGAGCGACCUGUUUUAUAAGAGCGGUUUGGAGGAGAUUCAUCAGAAAUACUCUCUGCCUCCCGAUACACCUGAGCUCCUUCAGGCCAAAUGCAACUCCUACAACAUCAGCAAGAGCAACUACAAGCACGCCUGGGAGGAAACUAUCGCUAAAGGUUACGACCUGAAGCCUGACGCCAUCUCCGUGAUUGCCGCUAAAGCCGCCAGACACGCCGCGAGUGACGUGCAAUACAAAAAGGCCUACGAGAAGGCCAGAGGCCACCACGUCGGCUUCCGCAGCCUCCAGGACGAUCCUCUGCUGGUUCACUACAUGCAUGUGGCCAAGAUGCAGAGUGAGAAGAACUACAAGAAGGACUACCACAAGGCCAAGCUGAAGUACCACACCCCAGUGGACAUGGUGAGUCUGGCUCACGCCAAACACGCCUCAACGGUGCAGACCUGCGCUGGAUACAAGCAGCACCACCACAAAUACUUCCUCCUGCCUGACGCUAUGGGUCUGCAACUGGCUCGCAACAUGAACUACAACGCCAGUGAUUACAACUAUAAACUGGAUUACGAGACCACAUGCAAGGGAAUUGGCUGGGUUCCCAUCGGUUCCCUGGAUGUGGAAAAGGCCAAAACGGCAGGUGCAGCUCUGGAUGAGAGAAAGUACCGUCAGCACCCGAGCACCCUGAAAUUCACCAGUCCCACUGACUCCAUGAGCAUGGAGCUAGCCAAGACCAAUUCCAAGAUCAUGGACAUGAAAGAGUAUAAAUCCAGUGGAGAGAAGUUCAUGCACACCUACCAUCUCCCUGUUGAUGUCCCCGAACUGAUGCAGGCCAAAUACAAUGCUGUCAACAUCAGCCAGAAUUACUACAAAUAUGAACAUCGUCAGGAUCUGCUCAAAGGACAUCACGUGAAGGAAGAUGCUAUUCCUAUUGUUGCAGCAAGACAGUCCAGAGACAUUGCCAGCAAUUACAAGUACAAGUUGGCUUACGAGAAGGCCAGAGGCCGCCACGUCGGCUUCCGCAGCCUCCAGGACGAUCCUCUGCUGGUUCACUACAUGCAUGUUGCCAAGAUUCAGAGCGAUGGGAACUACAAGAAGGACUACCACAAGGCUAAGCUGAAGUACCACACCCCGGUGGACAUGCUGAGUGUGGUCCAGGCCAAGCACGCCUCUGCUGUUCAGACGAUGACUGGAUACAAAAAGGUCCCUCACAGCUACAUGCUCCUGCCCGACAAUCUGCACCUGCAACGCUGUCGCAACAUGAUGGACAUUCAGAGUGAUAAUAACUACAAGUCCGAUUACACCAACUAUUGCAGAGGAAUAGGUUGGGUUCCCAUUGGUUCCGUGGAUGUUGAGAAUGCUAAGGCUGCUACCGCUGCCAUGGACGAACAGAACUACCGCAAACAUCCCAGUACUUUUAAAUUCACCAGCAAGACAGACGCCAUGAACAUGGUUCUGGCUCUGAGCAACUCAAAGCAGAUGAACAACACUGCAUACAAGGCCUCUGGUGAGAAGUUUUUGCACACUUAUCAUCUGCCUGCUGACAGUCCCGAGUUCCUCCAGGCUAAAUUCAAUGCCCAAACCCUCAGCGAGAGCCACUACAAGCACCAGUGGCUGGAGCAUAUUGCCAAAGGAUACGACAUGAAGCCCGAUGCUAUUUCUGUCCUGCACGCCAAGCACGGCAGACAUAUUGCCAGCAACGUCCAGUACAAGAAAGAGUAUGAGAAGGCCAGAGGCCACCACGUCGGCUUCCGCAGCCUCCAGGACGAUCCUCUGCUGGUUCACUACAUGCAUGUGGCCAAGAUUCAGAGCGACGGGAACUACAAGAAGGACUACCACAAGUCCAAGCUGAAGUACCACACCCCAGUGGACAUGCUGAGUGUGGUCCAGGCCAAGCAGGCCUCUGCUGUUCAGACGAUGACUGGAUACAAGAAGGUCCCUCACAGCUACAUGCUCCUGCCCGACAACCUGCACCUGCAGCGCUGUCGCAACAUGAACAUCCACGCCAGUGACUGUGAUUACAAGUCUGAGUGGAACAACUACAUCAGAGGCAUUGGAUGGGUUCCCAUUGGCUCAAUCGGGGUCGAGACUGCCAAAUUAGGCGGUCAGAUUCUGAGCGAACACAAGUACCGCACUCAUCCAGCCACCUUCAAGUCCAGCAAGCUGAUGGACUCCAUGGACUUGACUCUGGCUACUGCCAACAACAAGAUCAUGAACAAGAAAGCCUACACUGCAGCUUGGGAGAAGGACAAAACGACAGUCCACGUCAUGCCAGACUCUCCCGAGAUCGUCCUGGCCAAGGCUAAUGCCCUCACUAUGAGCAAUAAACUUUAUAAAGCUGGCCUGGUGGAGAUGGCCAACAAGGGCCACCACCUCAAAGAAGAUGCCAUCUCAGUUCUGGCUGCCAGAUCUGCCACUAAUAUUGCCAGUAACUACAAGUACAAGUUGGCUUACGAGAAGGCCAGAGGCCACCACGUCGGCUUCCGCAGCCUCCAGGAUGAUCCUCUGCUGGUUCACUACAUGCAUGUGGCCAAGAUUCAGAGCGACGGAAACUACAAGAAGGACUACCACAAGUCCAAGCUGAAGUACCACACCCCAGUGGACAUGCUGAGUGUGGUCCAGGCCAAGCAGGCCUCUGCUGUUCAGACUAUGACUGGAUACAAGAAGGUCCCUCACAGCUACAUGCUCCUGCCUGACAACCUGCAUCUGCAGCGCUGUCGCAACAUGAACAUCCACGCCAGUGACUGUGAUUACAAGUCUGAGUGGAACAACUACAUCAGAGGCAUUGGAUGGGUUCCCAUUGGCUCAAUCGGGGUCGAGACUGCCAAAUUAGGCGGUCAGAUUCUGAGCGAACACAAGUACCGCACUCAUCCAGCCACCUUCAAGUCCAGCAAGCUGAUGGACUCCAUGGACUUGACUCUGGCUACUGCCAACAACAAGAUCAUGAACAAGAAAGCCUACACUGCAGCUUGGGAGAAGGACAAAACGACAGUCCACAUCAUGCCAGACUCUCCCGAGAUUGUCCUGGCCAAGGCUAAUGCCCUCACUAUGAGCAAUAAACUCUACAAAGCCGGUGUGGUGGAGAUGGCAAACAAGGGCUACAACCUCAAAGCAGACGCCGUCUCAAUUCUUGCCGCCAAGUCUGGUACCACUAUUGCCAGCGAUUACAAGUACAAGUUGGCUUACGAGAAGGCCAGAGGCCACCACGUUGGCUUCCGCAGCAUCCAGGACGAUCCUCUGCUGGUUCACUACAUGCAGGUGGCCAAGAUCCAGAGCGACAAGAACUACAAGAAGGACUACCACAAGUCCAAGCUGAAGUACCACACCCCGGUGGACAUGGUGAGUGUGGUCCACGCCAAGCAGGCCUCUGCUGUUCAGACUAUGACUGGAUACAAGAAGCUUAUCACCCACUGCACCAUGCUGCCGGACGCCAUGAACCUGCAACUGGCUCGUAACAUGCAGUUCAUCGCCAGUGAUAAUCAGUACAAGAGCGAUUAUGACACCUACAUGAAAGGAAUCGGAUGGGUCCCCAUUGGUUCGUUGGAUGUUGAGAAAGCAAAAAUAGGUGGUCAGAUCCUCAGUGAGCAUCGGUACCGCCAGCAUCCAUACAACCUGAAAUUCACCAAGGACAUGCACUCCAUGGAUCUGGUCCUGGCCACUGCCAACAACCACAUCAUGGACAAGCAAUCUUACACCAAAGCCUGGGACGCAGACAAGACUUCAAUCCACAUCAUGCCUGAUGCAAUGGGCAUCGUUUUGGCCAGAGACAACAAGAAAAACUUCAGUGAGAAACUGUACAAAUUGGACAAUGAGCUGGCCAAGAAGAAGGGCCAUCAUGUCGGUGCAGAUGCUAUUGCUGUCAAGGCUGCCAAGGCCUCCACUGUUAUUGCUAGUGAUUACAAGUACAAGACAGGUUACCGUAAGCAGGUGGGUCACCACAUCGGUGCUCGCAGCGUCCAGGACGACCCUCUGCUCAUGCUGGCUCUGAACUCGGCCAAGAUCGCCAGUGACGCCCUGUACAAGAAGGACUUCAACAAGUCCAAGACCAGGUUCCACCUGCCCGUGGACAUGCUGAUCCUAGAACUGGCCAAGAAAUGCCAGAUCCAAGUCAACGACUUCAACUACAGGACUCACCUGCACAACUGGACCUGCCUGCCAGACUCCAACGACGUGGUCCAGGCCAGACACGCCUAUGACAUACAGAGUGAUGCUGUUUACAAGGAGGACCUGAAGUGCAUGCAGGGUAUCGGAUGGGUGCCUAUAGGUUCACUGGACGUGGAGAAGGUGAAGAAAGCCGGUGAGGCCCUGAACGAGAAAAAGUAUCGUCAGCAUCCGAGCAACUACAAGUUCAAACUCACCACUGAAGACAUUCCCAUGGUUCUGGCCAAGGCCAACGCUGAUGUUAUGAACAAGAAAGCGUACAUCAAAGACUGGGAGAAGGACAAGACCACCGUCCACAUCAUGCCUGAUGCUAUUGAUAUUCUGCUGGCUAAAGCAAACAAAGCCAACUACAGCUUGAAAAUGUACAAGCAGGCACAUGAAGAUGCCAAGAAGAAAGGAUACGACCUGCGUAAUGAUGCCGUUUCCGUUAUUGCAGCCAGGGCUUCCAGAGACAUCGCCAGCGAUUACAAGUACAAGACGGGUUACCGUAAGCAGGUGGGUCACCACAUCGGCGCUCGCUGCGUCCAGGACGACCCUCUGCUCAUGCUGGCUCUGAACUCGGCCAAGAUCGCCAGUGACGCCCUGUACAAGAAGGACUUCAACAAGUCCAAGACCAGGUUCCACCUGCCCGUGGACAUGCUGAUCCUGGAGUUGGCCAAGAAAUGCCAGAAGCAAGUCAACGACUUCAACUACAGGACUCACCUGCACAGCUGGACCUGCCUGCCGGACUCCAACGACGUGGUCCAGGCCAGGAAAGCCUACGAUCUCCAGAGCGAUGCCAUUUACAAGGACGACCUGAAGUGCAUGCAGGGUAUCGGCUGGGUGCCUAUAGGUUCACUGGACGUGGAGAAGGCGAAGAAAGCCGGUGAGGUCCUGAACGAGCAAAAGUAUCGUCAGCAUCCGAGCAACUACAAGUUCAAACUCACCACUGAAGACAUUCCCAUGGUUCUGGCCAAGGCCAACGCUCAGACUAUGAACAAGAAAUCGUACACUGAAGCCUGGGACAACGACAAGACAAAGAUCCACAUCAUGCCGGACGCCAUGGACGUUCUCCUCGCCAAAGCCAACAAUUACAACUACAGUCUGAAAAGGUACAAACAGGAUCACGAGGACGCGAAGAAGAAGGGCUACGACCUGCGUAACGACGCCGUGUCCAUCCUCGCAGCCAGAGCCUCCAGAGACAUCGCCAGUGACUACAAGUACAAGACGGGUUACCGUAAGCAGGUGGGUCACCACAUCGGCGCCCGCUGCGUCCAGGACGACCCCCUGCUCGUGCUGGCCCUCAACUCGGCCAAGAUCGCCAGCGACGCCCUGUAUAAGAAGGACUUCAACAAGUCCAAGACCAAGUACAACCUGCCGGCCGACAUGCUGACGCUGGAGCUGGCCAAGAAAUGCCAGAUCCAAGUCAACGACUUCAACUACAGGACUCACCUGCACCAGUGGACCUGUCUGCCGGACUCCAAUGACGUGGUCCAGGCCAGGAAGGCUUACGACCUGCAGAGCGACGCCAUUUACAAGGACGACCUGAGGUACAUGCAGGGUGUCGGAUGGGUGCCUAUAGGUUCACUGGACGUGGAGAAGGCGAAAAAAGCCGGUGAGGUCCUGAGCGAGAGAAAGUAUCGUCAGCAUCCAAGCAACUACAAUUUCAAACUCACCACCGAGGACAUGCCCAUGGUUCUGGCCAAGGCCAACGCUCAGACUAUGAACAAGAAAUCCUACAUUGAAGCCUGGGACAAUGAGAAGAUGAAGAUCCACGUCAUGCCCGACGCCAUGGACGUCGUUCUCGCCAAAGCCAACAGUUACAACUUCAGUCUGAAAAGGUACAAACAGGCUAAUGAGGACGCUAAGAAGAAGGGCUACGACCUGCGCAACGACGCCGUGUCCGUCCGCGCAGCCAAAGCCUCCAGAGACAUCGCCAGUGACUACAAGUACAAGACAGGAUACCGUAAGCAGGUGGGUCACCACAUCGGUGCCCGCUGCGUCCAGGACGACCCUCUGCUCGUGUUGGCCCUCAACUCUGCCAAGAUCGCCAGUGACGCUCUGUACAAGAAGGACUUCAACAAGUCCAAGACUAGGUUCCACCUGCCCGUUGACAUGCUGAACCUGGAGCUGGCCAAGAAAUGCCAGAUCCAAGUCAACGACUUCAACUACAGGACUCGCCUGCACAACUGGACCUGCCUGCCAGACUCCAACGACGUGGUCCAGGCCAGAGUCGCCUACGACCUGCAGAGCGACGCCGUCUACAAAGCUGACCUGAAGUGGCUCCAGGGCAUCGGCUGGGUCCCCAUCGGCUCGAUCGAUGUGGAGAAAGCCAAGAAGGCUGCGGAGGCCCUGAACGAGAGGAAAUACCGCCAGCACCCGAGCACCCUUCCCUUCACCAGCCCCAUCGAUGCCUUGAACAUUGUUCUGGCAAAGAAUAACGCCUUGACUGUCAACAAGCGUCUCUACACCGAAGCUUGGGACAAGGACAAGACCACUCUGCACAUCCAACCUGACACUCCUGAGAUCGUCCUCUCUCAGCAGAACGCUAUCAACAUGAGCAAGAAAUUAUACAGGCAAGGAUAUGAAGAGAUGAUCAGGAAGGGCUACUUCCUCCCUCCGGAUUCAGUGUCUGUCAAGGCUGCUAAGGCCUCCAGGGACAUCGUCAGCGACUACAAGUACAAACAGGGAUACCGUAAGCAGCUCGGCCACCACAUCGGCGCUCGCUGCGUCCAGGAUGACCCCCUCUCCAUGUUGGCUCUUAACUCGGGCAGGAUCGCCAGUGACGUUCUGUACAAGAAGGACUUUAACAAGUCCAAGACCAAGUUCAACCUGCCGGCCGACAUGCUGAACCUGGAGCUGGCCAAGAAAUGCCAGAUCCAAGUCAACGACUUCAACUACAGGACUCACCUGCACCAGUGGACCUGUCUGCCGGACUCCAACGACGUGGUCCAGGCCAGGAAAGCCUAUAAUCUCCAGAGUGAUGCUGUGUACAAAAUGGACAUGGAUGAGGUCGUAGGCGUGGGAUGGAUCCCCAUCGGUUCUCUGGACGUUCUGAAGGCUAAGCAUGCUGGGAAUAUUCUCAGCGAGCGUCUCUACAGGCAGACGCCAGAUAAACAGAAGUACACGACCGACAUGAGCUCCAUGCCCAUGGUCCUCGCCAAAACAAAUGCUGACAUCAUCAACAAGAGAAACUAUAUCGCUGCCUGGGAGGCUGAUAAGACCAAGACUAACUUACCAGCCGACAUGCCUGAGAUUCUGCUCUCCAGAGCUAAUGCAUACAACAUCAGCCACAAACUGUACAGGGAAGGUGUUGACCAGAUGUUCAGAAAGGGCCACAACCUCAAGGGUGACGCGGUUUCCGUUAUUGCUGCCAAACACGGAAGAAACAUCAUCAGCGACUACAUGUACAAGACAGGAUAUCGCAGGCAGGUGGGCCACCACAUCGGCGCCCGCUGCGUGGAGGAGGACCCCCUGAUCAUGUUGGCCAUGAACUCGGCCAAGAUCGCCAGCGACGCCCUGUACAAGAAGGAUUUCAACAAGUCCAAGACCAAGUACAACCUGCCGGCCGACAUGCUGAACCUGGAGCUGGCCAAGAAAUGCCAGAUCCAAGUCAACGACUUCAACUACAGGACUCACCUGCACAACUGGACCUGCCUGCCGGACUCCAACGACGUGGUCCAGGCGAGAAAGGCUUACGACCUGCAGAGCGACGCUGUGUACAAGGCUGACAUGGAAUGGAUCAAGGGCUGCGGCUGGGUGCCGAUCGGGUCGGUCGACGUGGAGAAGGCGAAGAAAGCGGCCGAGAUCCUCAGCGAGAGGAAUUACCGUCAACCACCCUGCAACUUCAAGUUCACCGCCAAAACGUGCGACAUGCCCUAUGCUCUCGCUCAGGCCAACGCCCAGGUUAUGGACAAGAAAGCAUAUAUUGCUGCCUGGGAGGCUGAGAAGACCAACAUUCAUGUCAUGCCGGACACUCCAGAGAUCGUCCUGGCCCAACAGAAUAGACUCAACACCAGUCAGAAAUAUUACCGUGAAGCUUUUGUGGAGGCCAUCAACAAAGGCUACUACCUGCCCAAAGAUGCAGUUUCUGUUUUGGCAGCCAAAGCCUCCAGAGAUAUCGUCAGCGAUUACAAAUACAAGGCUGGAUUCCGCAAGCAGUGCGGCCACCACAUCGGCGCCCUGAGUGUCCAGGACGACCCGCUGCUCGUGUUGGCCGCUCACGUGGCCAAGAUCUCCAGUGACAACGUCUACAAGAAGGACUUCAACAAGUCCAAGACCAAGUACAACCUGCCGGCGGACAUGCUCAACCUGGAGCUGGCCAAGAAGUGCCAGAAGCAAGUCAACGAUUUCAACUACAGGACUUACCUGCACCAGUGGACCUGCCUGCCAGACUCCAGUGAUGUGGUCCAGGCCAGAAAGGUCUACGACUUGCAGAGUGAUAACGUGUACAAAGCUGAUCUGGAGUGGCUGAGGGGAUGCGGCUGGUCGCCCCAGGACUCCGUCGACGUGGUCAAAGCCAGAAACGCCCAGACGAUCAUCAACGAAAGGCUCUACCGCCAACCCCCGAGCACCGUCAAGUUCACCAGCAUCGUGGACCUGCCCGAAAUCGUCCUGUCCAAGCAGAACACCGACAACCUCAGCGGCAGGAAAUACAGAGAAGCCUGGGACAAAGACAAGCUCAUCAUUCACAUGCCGACUGACACCCCCACCUUUGAGCUGUCCAAGGCUAAUUCUGUUAACAUCAGCAGUAAACUCUACACAAAGACGUGGGACGAGCAGAAGGCACGGAGCUACAACGUCAAGGAGGAUGCUAUCUCUGUGCUAAAGGCUAGAGCUUCCAGAGAUAUCGCCAGCGACUACAAAUACAAGACAGGAUACCGUAAGCAGGUGGGCCACCACAUCGGCGCCCGCUGCGUGGAGGAGGACCCCCUGAUCAUGUUGGCCAUGAACUCGGCCAAGAUCGCCAGUGACGCCCUGUACAAGAAGGACUUCAACAAGUCCAAGACCAAGUACAACCUGCCGGCCGACAUGCUGAACCUGGAGCUGGCCAAGAAAUGCCAGAUCCAAGUCAACGACUUCAACUACAGGACUCACCUGCACCAGUGGACCUGUCUGCCGGACUCCAAUGACGUGGUUCAGGCCAGAAAGGCCUACGACCUGCAGAGCGAUGCCGUGUACAAGGCCGACAUGGAGUGGAUACGUGGAUGUGGAUGGAUGCCUCACGAGUGUGUGGAUGUUAUAAAGGUGAAGAACGCACAGCUGGCCCUGGCUGAGAGAGGCUACCGCGUCAAGUUGGACGAACAGAAAUACACGGUUCCCACCGACAGAGUGGACAUGGUCUGUGCCAAGAACGCUGCCGCUGUCCUCAACGAGGCCAAAUAUCGCGAGGCCUGGCACGCGGACAAGACCAAGUACUCGCUGGUGGAAACUCCCACGAUCGUCACAGCCAGAGAGGUGGCUAAGAACAUUCACCCGAAACUUUACACCAAAGCCUGGGACCAGGUGAAAGCCACAGGUUACUUCAUGCCUGGAGACGCUGUGCCCAUCAAGCACUGCACCUCGUCCACUAAAGUGCAGAGUCAACAUAAGUACCUGGAGAGUUACCGUAAGCAGGUGGGCCACCACAUCGGCGCCCGCUGCGUGGAGGACGACCCUCUGAUCAUGUUGGCCAUGAACUCGGCCAAGAUCGCUAGCGACGCCCUGUACAAGAAGGACUUCAACAAGUCCAAGACCAAGUACAACCUGCCGGCCGACAUGCUGAACCUGGAGCUGGCCAAGAAAUGCCAGAUCCAAGUCAACGACUUCAACUACAGGACCCGCCUGCACCAGUGGACCUGUCUGCCCGACCAGAACGACGUCAUGCAGGCCCGCAAGGCCUACGAGCUUCAGAGCGACAAUGUGUACAAGGCCGACAUGGAAUGGCUCCGUGGCUGCGGCUGGAACGCGGCCGACUCUGUCGACCACGUGAAGGUCAGGAAGGCCCAGGAGAUUCUCAACGAGAGAAUGUACAAGAAGGGAGCCACAGACGCCUUCAGCACCUUCACCCUGGUCGUCGACCGCCCUGAACUCCUCCAGGCAAAGGUCAACGCUGCCAACCUCAGUGAUCUGAAGUACAAGGAGACGUUUAAUCUGGAGAAGGGUCACUACAUCGGCUCAAAUGAUACUCCACAGCUGGCUCACAGCAGAGAAGCGGCAAAGCUCACCAGUGAUAAACUCUACAAAGAACAAUGGGACGUUUCUAAAGCUUCAGGCUACACACUGGACCACGAGUACAUCCCACUGCUCAGCGGCAAGAAGGGCAGAGAAAUCGCCAGUGACGUCAGAUACAAGGACAUUCAUGAGAAGUGCAAAGGUCACUACAUGGCUGGAACCCUGGUGGAUUUCCCUGAUGUCAUGCGCUGUGGACAACAGGAGAAGAACAAGGGACUGAGACUCUACCAGAAGGACUAUCACGGCAGCAAGACCAAGGUCCACAUCCCGUCUGACGUCAUCGCCAACAAGGUUGCGAAACGGUGCCAGGACAUGCUGAGUGACGUCCUCUACCGCACCUACCUGCACCAGUGGACCUGUCCUCCUGAACAGAAUGAGGCUGUCCGUGCUCGCAAGAACAACGAGAUUUUCAGCGAUGUGUUCUACAAGGAUGACCUGAACUGGAUUAAGGGAAUCGGUUGCUAUGCGUGGGACACGCCAGAGAUCCUUCGUGCCAAGAAAUCCUACGAGCUGCAGAGCGACCUGAAAUACAGAACAGACGCCAAGAAAGAGUUCAACAAUUACUCCAUCGUGACGGACACUCCUGUGUACGUGACUGCUAUUCUGGGCUCCACCUGGGCCAGUGAGCUCAACUACAGGGAGGCUUAUCACAAGGAGAAGCACCUGUACACCACCGUCCUGGACACCGCCGACUACGUCCGCUGCCACAACUUCAAGCAGAUCUUCAGCAACAAAAACUACACGGCCGUGUGGGACAAGAUCAAAGACAAGAGCUACCAGAUUCCACACGACUCCAACGCCCUGCAGCACGCCAAACAACAGAAGAUCAUCCUGAGCAACAUCAAGUACAAGGAGGAUUACGAGAAGUUCAAAACCCUCUACAGUCUGCCCAAGUCUCUGGAGGAGGAUCCUGCAACUGCUCGCUGUGUCAGAACCGGAAAGUUGGUCCUUGAUCGUCUGUACAGGGAGAACUAUGAGAAGACCAAGGCCAAGAACCACAUCCCACCAGACAUGCUGGAGAUCCUGUCCGCUCACAAGACCCAGUCCGCCGUCAGCGAGAUCAACUACCGCAAGUACCUGCAUCAGUGGCUGUGUCUGCCUGAGCUGCGGGAGUACGUGCAGGCCCGCAAGGUCAACGAGCAGCUCAGCGACGUCUUCUACAAGGACGACCUGAACUGGCUGAAGGGAAUCGGCUGCUACGCCUGGGACACGCCGGAGAUCCUGCGCGUCAAAUACGCCGGGGACAUUCGCAGCGAGUCUAAGUACAGAGCUAAAGGCAUUGAAGGUUUCAAGGACUUCUCCGUGGUCACGGACACGCCGGUGUACGAGACGGCCAAACAGAACGCUCAGAACCUCAGCGACCUGCACUACCGCUACGACUACCACGCCAAUAUCAAGGGCACAAACACUGCUCCUGCUGUUACCGUGGAAACGGAGAGGGCACGUCUGGCUAACGAAAUCCAGAGUGAUAAAUGGUACAAAGACGCCAACAAGAAGUACAUGCCGACCGGUUACUCGCUGCCCCACGACACGCCGCUCAUCAAGCAGGUUAAACGCAACAGCCACAUCUCCAGCAAUGUGAAGUACAAGGAAGCCUAUGAGAUGAUGAAGGCCAAAGCUUACACUCUUCAUCCAGAGGGAGUCAACUUUGUUGGCGCGAGGAAAGCUCACAAGAUCAUCAACGAGCGUCUGUACCGUGAGGAGUAUCACAAGAACAAGGACAAGAUCCACACAACCUACGACACCCCCGAUAUCAAACAAGUCAAGAUGAACCAGUCUCACCUCAGCGACUUGUGGUACCAUGAGAAAUACAACAACAGCAAAGGUCAGCUCAUCUCUCUGCCCAUCACACCCCAACUGUUGCACUGCCACCACGUCAACGAGAUCACCAGCGAGCUGAAAUACAAAGAGGAUCUGAUGUGGCUGAGAGGCGUCGGCUGCUUCCUGUACAACACUCCAGAGAUGGCCCGCAUCCGUGAGGUCACCAAAUUCAAGGAGAACUAUCCACUGGAGGCCAAGAAGAACCUCAGCAACUUCUCUGUGGUCCUGGACACUCCAGAGUACAAACGUGUGACGGAGCUCAAGACUCACAUCAGCAACCUGAUCUACAAAGCACAGAGCAAAGAGGAAAUGGCAAAGGUCUCCUCUCCUGCAGACGCCGUGGAGUUCAAGAGAGCCAAAUGGGCUCAGCAGCUGACGAACAAGUACCAGUACACAGACCUGGCCACCAAGGAGAGAGCUCAUUUCACUCCAGAGGUGGAAACUCCACACAUGCGUCACGCCAGACAAAUUAAAGUGGUCUACAGUGACAACAAGUACAAGGAUCAGUAUGAGAAGAUGAAGCACAGGUACACCGCCAUCGCUGAUACUCCUCAUCUGAUCCGUGCUAAGAAAUCCUACCUCCAGUCCAGUGAUCUGCGCUACAAAGAGACCUUCCAGCUGACCAGGGGCCACUACCGCACAGUGAAGGAUGCUCUGAACAUCGUCUACCACCGCAGAGUCACUGAUGACAUCAGUGAGGUUAAAUACAGGGAGAAGUACAUCAGCACUCUGGGAACAUGGAAGUCCAUCCCCGAUCGUCCAGAGCUCUUCUUCAACAGAAUCGUCAACGAGAACGUCAGCACUGUCAAGUACAAGGAAGACCUGGAGUGGCUGAGAGGAAUCGGCUGCUACGUGUGGGACACACCUGAUCUGCUGCACGCCGAGCAGAACAAGAAACUCUACAGCGACCGACUGUACAGAUCGUCCUUCGAGAAGAACAGAGGCAACUUCAAAUACACAUGCGACUCUCCGUUCUUCAACACUGCCAAGAAUGCCUCCGUCCUCAUUAACGAUAGAACCUACAGAGCUAAUUAUGAGAAGACCAAGGAUAAGUUCACCAUCACUAUAGAUGAUCCUAGGUACCAGCUGGCCAGGGAGAACAGGAAGAUGAGCCAGUGGAGGUACAGGGAACAGUAUGAACGCGCCAAGGACAAGUUCACCUCCGUCCUGGAGACUCCGCUGUACGAGACCCACAAACGCAGCAAGAAGAUCGGCGACAUUAUCUACAAGAUGGAGUACAACAAGACCAAGGCCAAGGGCUACACCCUGCCUUACGACACGCCGCACCAGCAGCUCAUGAAGAAGGUCAAGGACAUGACCAGCAUUAUGAAGUACAGAGAGGUGUACGAGAAGAGCAAGGCUCAGAUCAACAUUGACCCGGAGGCUCGUGACAUUCGUGCUGCCAAGGACGCCUACAAGAACAUCAGCAACCUCGACUACAAGAGAAAGUACGAGGCCACCAAGAGCAAGUGGAACUGGACGACAGACAGACCGGACUUCAUUAACGCUGCCAAGAACUCCAUGCAGCAGAGCGAUGUUGAGUACAAGUACGACAGAGAGAUGCUGAAGGGCUGUGUGAUUCCUGUGGUUGACGACAAACUCACCCUCCUGUGCUUGAAAAACAAUGAAAUGGCCAGUGUGGUGAAAUAUAAAGAGAAGUAUGAGAAGGGAAAGGGUCACUACGUGCCUGUCCAGGACACUCCUCAAAUCCUGCACGCCAAGGCUGUGAAGACUCUGUCUUCAGAGAGCAAAUACAAGGAGGCCAGUAAGAAGGAAAUGCAGUCAGGCUCCUUCACCACGCUCCCUGAGACUCGCGACACAGCCCACAGCAAGCAGAUCAACAAGCUCGUCAGCAAGAAUGUGUACAAAUCAAAGCAUGAGAAGGAGAGAGGCAAGUCGGAGUACAACAACAUGACCGUCCCACCUGAUGUGCAGCACGCCAUGGACGUGGCCAAGUCCCAGAGCACCAUUGCCUAUAAGAAGAAUGCAAGGGCCGGCCUGCACUACACCUCUGUAGUGGACCGUCCUGACAUAAGGAAGGCUACACAGGCUGCCAAACUCAUCAGUGGGAUCGGAUACCGUGACAAGGCCCGCGAGGAGGCGAGCCGUGGAGGUUCUCUGACCUACCGCCCAGACAUCGCUCUGGCCACUGAGGUGUCCAAGCUGACCAGUGAGGUGGAGGCCAAGCCCUCCCUCCAUGGAGUUGCUUCCUAUGAUACGCCACAGAUGCGCCACAUUAAGAAAAUGAGUGCCUUGACAAGUGAUUUGAAGUACAAGGAGAAGUUUGACAAGGAGAUGAAAGGAAAGAGGCCCAAGUUUGACCUGAAGGAAAGUAAGAUUUACAAGACGAUGAAGGACGCCAAUGACCUGGCCAGUGAGGUGAAGUACAAGGGUGACCUGAAGAAGCUCCACAAGCCUGUGACUGACAUGGCCGAGUCUCUGUCCAUGCAGCACGUCCUGAGCACCAGCAAACUGUCCAGCGACUACCGCUACAAGAAGAAGUUUGAGGAGAGUAAGGGUCACUACCAUAUGAUUACCGACACACCUGAACAACUUCACCACAAGGAGGCGUCUGAACUCCAGAGUAACGUUAAAUACAAGGAGAAGUAUGAGAAGGAGAGGGGCAAACCAAUGCUGGACUUUGAGACGCCCACGUAUGUGACCGCCAAGGAGGCUCAGCACAUGCAGAGUCAGAAAGACUAUAAGAAGGACUUUGAGGAGAACAUGAGGGGCAAGAACCUCUCAGGGCUGGAGGUCACUCCUGCCAUGUUACAUGUCAGACACGCCACCAAAAUAUGCAGUGAGAAAGAGUACAGGAGGGAUCUAGAAGAGGGGGUGAAGGGUAAAGGGCUAACUGCACUGGAGGAAACUCCGGAGCGUUUGAGAGCAAGGAAUGCAACUCAAAUCCUGUGUGAGAGAGAGUACAAGAAGUCACUGGAGCAGGAGAUCAAGGGCAAGGGAAUGUUGGCGUUGGCUACGGACACCCCAGACUUCAUGAGAGCCAGGAACGCCACUGACAUCCUCAGCCAGACUAAGUACAAGCAGACCGCUGAGAUGGACAGAGCCAGUUACACCACCGUCAUCGACACUCCGGACAUCAUCCACGCUCAGCAGAUGAGGAACAUCGUCAGCCAGAAAAAGUACAGAGAGGAGGCCGAGAAGACCAUGUCUCACUACGUGCCAGUGCUUGACACUCCGGAGAUGCAGAGAGUCCGCGAAAACCAGAAGAACUUCAGCACUCAUCAAUACCAGAUUGACCUUAAAAACAUAAAGGGCAAAGUGUCUGCUGUAACGGACACUCCCGAAAUGCAGCGCGUUAAAGAGAAUACAAAGAAUUUCAGCUUGAUUCAGUACAAAGAGGAUUUGGGCGGAGGAACUUCUUUACCCGAGACGCCCGAGAUGGAGCGAGUUAAACGCAACCAGCGCAACGUUAGCACGAUUCAGUACAAGGAGUCUGUGGGUCGAGGCACAGACAUACCAGAUCUCCCUGAGGUGAAGCGGGUCAAAGAAACCCAGAAGAAUAUCAGCUCGAUUCAGUACAAAGAGUCUGUGGGUCGAGGCACAGACAUACCAGAUCUCCCUGAGGUGAAGCGGGUCAAAGAAACCCAGAAGAAUAUCAGCUCGAUUCAGUACAAGGAGUCUGUGGGUCGAGGCACAGACAUACCAGAUCUCCCCGAGGUGAAGCGGGUCAAAGAAACCCAGAAGAAUAUCAGCUCGAUUCAGUACAAGGAGUCUGUGGGUCGAGGCACAGACAUACCAGAUCUCCCUGAGAUGAAGCGGGUCAAAGAAAGUCAAAAGAAUAUCAGCUCGAUUCAGUACAAGGAGUCUGUGGGUCGAGGCACAGACAUACCAGAUCUCCCUGAGGUGAAGCGGGUCAAAGAAACCCAGAAGAAUAUCAGCUCGCUUCAGUACAAAGAAGGCGUGGGACAAGGCACGUCAGUGUCAGAGACGCCAGAGAUGGAGCGAGUUAAACGCAAUCAGCAAAAUAUUAGCACGAUAAAAUACAAGGACUCUUUGGGUCGAGCCACAGCCAUACCGGACCUUCCCGAAGUGAGGCGGGUCAGAGAGACCCAGAAGCACAUCAGCUCGGUUUUGUAUAAAGACAGUUCUGCCAAGGGAACUCCUGUGGUGUACACUCCAGAGAUGGAGCGGGUCAAAAGGAACCAAGAGAACAUUAGCUCGGUGCUGUACUCCGACAGCUUCCGUAAGCAGGUGCAGGGCAAAGCGGCCUUCGUUCUGGACACGCCCGAAAUGAGGCGUGUCAGGGAGACACAGCGCAUCAUCUCCGGAGUGAGAUACCACGAGGACUUUGAGAAAACCAAGGGCAGCUUCACUCCCAUCACCUCUGACCCCGUGUCUGAGCGCGUGAAGAAAAUCACCCACGACUACAGCGACAUCAGCUACCGCGGCAUCCAGAGGCGCGUGGUAGAGAUGGAGAGGAGGCGCGCCAUCGAGCACGACCAGGAGACCACCACUGAUCUGCGUGUGUGGCGCACAAACCCCGGCUCUGUGUUCGACUACGACCCUGCUGAAGACAACAUCCAGUCCAGGAGUCUGCACAUGAUGUCAGUGCAAGCUCAGCGCCGCAGCAAAGAGCACUCCCGCUCCACCAGCGCCCUGAGCGGCGGGGCCGAUGAGAAGUCUGAGAUGUCCCAGGACGCGACCCAGCACAUGUCCCUCUACAGCAACGGCUUCAUGGCCUCAUCAAUGGCAGGUUACCAACAGCAGGUGAAGACUGUGGAGUUGCAGCAGAGGUCAUCAUCUGUGGCCACUCAGCAGACCACGGUCUCCUCCAUCCCCUCACACCCCUCCACCACCGGGAAAACCGUGCGUGCCAUGUACGACUACACGGCCGCCGACAACGACGAGGUGUCCUUCAGGGACAGCGACGUCAUCGUCAACGUGCAGUCCAUCGACGAGGGCUGGAUGUACGGCACCGUGCAGCGCACCGGCAAGACCGGCAUGCUGCCCGCCAACUACGUCGAGGCCAUUUAAAGACGGAAAGAUCCUGAGCCCGCCCACUGCCACACGCCGCGGUGGGCGUGACACACCCACGGGUCAAAAACCAACCCUGUGGUCACAACUGCGGCUUUGUGCAAUGUGUAGCUUUUAGUUUCUCGUAGCUCUUAUUUAAAGUGUGUUGUCUUUGUUGUUGUUGGUAAAUCUGGUGUCGCUCUGACUCUGCUGCCCCCUGCUGCCUGUGGAUGUGACAUACAGUUUAUGUACUUCUGAUUAUACAGACUACGCCCACGAAACGUUACGUCUAACUGCUCUAGGACGUUUCCGUCUUAGAGAAGUCGGAGUGCUAACGCUAACGUCCUCAGCCAUUAUUUUGUAAAUUUCAAAGAUAUUUAAAUAUAUAUGAUUUUGUCCUGAAAAAGAGAGAGAGAAAAAGAGCCGUAGCGGCUCUAACGAUGAUGAAACUGAGUGAGUUGACAGCUACCUCCUCCACGAUUGAAACCACGCCCUCCUCGAGUUGUACGAGACGAGCCUCAGUCUUCCCUCCUCUACACUGAAGGCUGGCCACUAAUAGAACGUGUGUGUUUUGUUCCCUCCGAUGAUUUAGGUCUUGGGUUGAACGUACGUCCUCUACCUUUGAUCAGUAGCUAAUAAAGCACACCAAGCUCCUGCA